AUGCAACUCAUUUCAGGAACGCCCUUACUAACUUUUUAUCAGUCAACAUGCCAAAGAAGAGAGCUUCCAACGGUAGAAACAAGAAGGGUAGAGGCCACGUCAAGCCAGUUAGAUGUGUUAACUGCUACAGAUGUGUGCCAAAGGACAAGUCCAUCAAGCGUGUCAACAUCAGAAACAUGGUUGAGGCUGCUGCCGUCAGAGACUUGUCUGAGGCCUCUGUCUACGCCGAGUACGCCCUGCCAAAGCUCUACAACAAACUGCAUUACUGUGUCUCGUGCGCCAUCCACGCCAGAAUCGUCAGAGUCAGAUCUAGAACCGACAGAAGAAUCAGAACUCCUCCAGUCCGUCCAAGAUUCAACCGUGAGAAGCGUGUCACUCCAGCCGAUGCUGCCAAGAAGGCUUAAACGUAACCGUUUAGAUGUUCUAGUUGGAAAGCAGAAGUUUAUAAUAAAAUAG